GACCAGGAAACAUAGCGCUCUCGGCCAGCACACAUGGCUCGGCACCAGGGUUGGAGUCGAGAACGAGUAACGCGUCAACAGGACUCCAUUCUCAAGCCGUAUAGUAGCGAACACUCCCGUGCUUCACGCGGCAGAUGAAUUACAGAUCAUCUUCGUCGAGCCGUACUACGAACAAUGCAUAGUGAUGCUGCUCGCUUGCCUCAGCCCUAGGCGGCACUGCUACCGCUGCCUCGUCUCUAUCAGGCUGCUUGUGGUAAGGUGAUGCGAUGCGCAGUGUGCUGACCGCACAAGUACCUCAGCUCUGUGUACAUUGUGCUGAAGCUGUGCCAUUGGCGGCGGCGCACGAUCCUGACAUGCAUGGGCACGCCAAGGCCGCAGAAGCUGCAGCGUGUGCUUGACCGGUUCACACAGCCAACACAGCUGCGUGGAGUGCUGCAACAAAAUACAAAGGUACAAUGGCGGUAUGCCCGGAUGUUAACUUCGCCGCAUGUGUAAGUAAGCACGGCCUUUUUCUGUCACGACUAUACUUUGCUUCUUCGAUCCGCAUCCGCAUCCGCAUUGUUCCUCGCUUGCCAGGUGCCAUCCAGACGUUUAUAGAAAAGCUUGCGGACAUGGAACUUGAUCAAAUUGUUCUCGAGCGUGUCGUAACAGCCAAUGCGACCUUGACCGCUUACAAGACCUUCGAUCGACACUAUGACAAGGAAGCCAUUACAUUCACCAUCGUAGCUGCGAUCACGGUAUACAAUGUCUCGGAACCUAUUCUGCUGAUCCUGACGACCUUCAAACGCUUCCGUGGACUCUACUUUUGUGUCUAUGGCGCCCGAAACGUCCGGUGUCUUCUUCUACGCCCUCGGCAGCAUGAUCAGCUACUAUGAGUUCGCUUCGAAGCUAACCGGCUUGAUGCUCAAGUCUCUGGCUGGCCGCUAUGAUCAUCGGAUAAAGCCUUGUGUUGCACUCGAGACUCGGCGUGCUCUUUGGAGGAGAGUAUGGCAGGAUCAAGGAUGGCAUGUGGUGGAUGAUCGUUAUUGAUGCGAUCGUGAACCAUCCAUUAACUAUCAUUUCGGCAAUGCAUACGCCUCACCG